CAUUUAAUUAAUUCGUAUAAAAAUUGUUUUAGAAAUAUUUGGAAACAAAUAAUGAGAGCGGGAAAUAAAACCCUGAAGAUUCAUCAAAAUCCCUAAUUUGUGACCAAAUUUUGCUUUGAUGGAAACCUUUCAGUUUCCGGAGAGUAAUAAAAAUCAACACUAAAUAGCGUCAUGUAUUUAGCGUCGGUUCUUCGUUACUCACUGGGAUCCAAGAGUUGGUGAGGAUUUUUGAUUUUUCGAAAUGGAUUCUGCGGAUGAAGAAGGUGUAAAGGUUGGCGAAGCCAACGGACGCGGUGGUCUGCGCAGGAAUCGGAGAGCUUCUAGGAAGCGGGCUGAUUACGUUGACCCUCUGACCGACGACGACGACGAAGAUGAAGGACCCAAGCGUAAGGGUAAAAAGGUUGGUUAUAAGGCUCGGACAAAGACUGCAAAGGAAGACGAUGAAGGUCUUAGGGUGGAAGAUGCCAACAAAGGCGCUGCUCUGGUGAGGGAGAAGAGAGCAACCACUAAGAUUAGGAGCCCAAUUACUCACCAAUCUGAAGCUUCUGUAAGCAAGCCGCAUGAGGAAAAGGGAAAUAGGGCUCGGAAAAGGAACAAGGAUGGAAUCGAUGGCGAGGUUUCAGGUAAGUCGUUCAAGAAGCCGAGGACUAAAGUAGAUGGCAGUGUCCAUGUUGGUUACCUCCCGGACAAUAUGUGUCACCAAUGUCAAUAUAGCGACAAACGUGUUGAAAAGUGUCAGAACUGCAAGAGUAAGCGUUAUUGUUACCCGUGCUUAGACACUUGGUACCCCCGUAUUGCAAAAGAAGAUGUUGCCAAGAAAUGCCCAUUCUGCUGUAGUAUGUGCAAUUGCAAAACAUGCUUGCGUCUAGAUACUAAUAUACAAGGGAUAAAUUCAGACCUCAUGGUCAGCGAGGAAGAAAGAGUUCAAUCGUCUAAGUUUAUUCUGCAGAGGCUUCUCCCACACCUGAAAGGAAUAAAUGAUGAACAAAUUGCUGAGAAGGAAAUCGAGGCAAAUAUCUCAGGACUGGAGUUUGAAGAGGUGAGGCCUCUAGAUGCUGAAUCUUUCCCUGACGAAAGACUAUACUGUGAUAUCUGUAAGACUUCGAUCUUUGAUCUCCAUAGGAGUUGCAGGGAAUGUCCUUGUGAUAUCUGCCUUACAUGUUGCCUUGAGAUCCGCAAUGGAAAGGCUCAGGCAUGUCAGGAGGAUGUGUCCUGGAAUUAUGUUAACCGAGGUUUAGAGUAUGAACAUGGAGACGAAGGCAAAGUUAUUGUGAAGCCGGAUGUUAAGCCGGAUGAUAAGCCAGAUGAUAAGUUGGAUGAUAAGCCGGUUUGCAAAGACCAGAUGAAAGAUCCAUCUAUGUGGAAAGUAAAUGAAGCUGGAAUCAUUACUUGUCAUUGUGGUGAUGAGGGUUUAGUGUUGAAACGCCUACUUCCUGAUGGUUGGGUAUCUGAUUUGUUAAAGAAAGUAGAAAAACUUGCGGAAGCUGGCGAGCUUUUCGAUUUACCUGAAACAGUAUUGGAGCGAUGCCCUUGUUUUAAGUCUAAUGGUCAUAUUGACAUGGACAAUGGUAACUUGUUAAAGGCUGCUUGUCGAGAAGAUUCGGAAGACAAUUAUCUGUAUUGUCCAAGUGUUAGAGAUGUUCAACAAGAUGACCUGAAGCAUUUUCAACAUCAUUGGGUAAAAGGUGAGCCUGUGGUUGUGAGAAAUGUGCUUGAAGCUACAGCUGGGUUAAGUUGGGAACCAAUGGUAAUGUGGCGUGCCUGCCGCCAGAUAAGCCACGUCAAGCAUGGAGAACUUACUACUGUUGAUGCUGUUGAUUGUAUGGACUUCUGCGAGGUAUCUAUUAAUCUGCAUCAAUUCUUUACUGGUUAUACAGACGGCCGUUAUGAUCGCAUGGGUUGGCCACUAGUUCUGAAACUGAAAGAUUGGCCUCCAACUAAGACUUUCAAAGAAAAUUUGCCACGUCAUGCUGAAGAGUUCUUAUGCAGUUUGCCUUUGAAGCAUUACACCCACCCGGUAAAUGGACCUUUGAAUCUUGCUGUCAAACUUCCCGAAAAUUGCUUGAAGCCUGACAUGGGACCAAAGACUUACGUUGCUUAUGGAUUUGCGCAAGAAUUUGGCCGUGGAGAUUCUGUUACUAAGCUUCACUGCGACAUGUCUGAUGCGGUGAAUAUUUUGACGCACAUAGCUGAAGUGCCUAUGGAUAAUUCAAAACAACCUGGAAUUAAAAAUCUGAAAAAAAAGCAUGCUCAACAAGAUUUCAAGGAGCUGUACAGCUCUGUAGCUAACAAGGAGGAAAUGAUGAAGAUUCUUGUAAAGUCUAAACAAGAAGUUGAAAAUGUUGACACUGAUGACGGAGCUCUUUGGGACAUUUUCCGUAGAGAAGAUAUUCCAAAAUUAGAAAGUUACAUCGAAAAACAUCACAAGGAGUUCAGACAUCUCUACUGCUCCCCUGUGUCACAGGUUGUUCACCCGAUACAUGACCAAAAUUUCUACUUAACCCGAUAUCAUAUAAUGAAGCUGAAAGAAGAAUAUGGCAUUGAACCUUGGACCUUCAAUCAGAAGCUAGGAGAUGCCGUUUUAAUACCUGUAGGUUGCCCUCAUCAAGUUAGAAAUUUGAAGUCCUGCACAAAGGUAGCGCUUGACUUUGUCUCACCUGAGAAUAUCGGCGAGUGUUUACGCUUGACAAAACAGUAUCGUCUACUUCCACCUAAUCAUUUUGCGAAAGAAGACAAGUUAGCAGUGAAGAAGAUGAUAAUCCAUGCAGUUGAUAAGGCUCUUAGAGACUUAAGUGGAGAGAAGUCUCCAGAACCCAAAGAGAAAAAACAAUUUAAGAGAGGGUCGAAGUCAAAGGCGAUAUCCAAGGCAGUUGUUAAGGCUUUCAAAGACUUACCAAAAUCUUCGGAAGUCGAAGAGGAGAAAUCAAAGGGGAUAGUCGACGAUGUUGAUAAGUCUGUCAAAGACUUACCUCCAAGUGAAAAGUCUUCUGAAGCCAAAGAGGAGAAAUCAAAGUGGGUAGUCAAUCCUAUCGAUAAGGCUCUCGCAGAUUUAGCUCCAACUGCAAUGAAGUCUCUGGAAACCGAAGGGAAGAGAAAAGCAAAAAUAGUGAAGACAUACGUGAGGAGAAAAAAGCUGGGAAAUGAAGAAAUGCGUAGACAUUGGGUGUGGCAGAUGAGAGACGGAGAAGAGUAGGAGUAAUUUAUUAUUGCAUCUCUAAUCUCAUCAUCAUUUUUUGGUAGCUGAAAGCAAACUCUUUUUGUAAUUUCCUUUAUUGAAUCUCUAAGUUAAACAGAGCACUAAGGGAGUAAGUAGUAAGAAGGUACCUAGUACGUACAUAGAUCUCUUGGCAUAUUCUGUAUUCUCUCCUCAAUAAUCCAACUCUGUUUAGUUACACAA